AUGGAGGGCUCCUGGACCGAGGCCAUCAGCCCAGAGCAGAGCUCCUUGUUCCCAACGCUGCUGCAGCUCUCCACCGAAGAGAUUAUUGCUAUUUGGGACGCCGUGUCCAAUUACAUCCUGGAAGAGCUGAUGCAGGACAAGGGUGUGCUGCUAGCGGGGCUCGGCACCUUCUGCACGGUCCGGGAGCCACUGCGCCCUGGCAAAGACAACGUGGUGACAGUUCGAAGGCCUGUGUUCCAGCUGGAAAUGGACAUGGUCUGGCUGCAGAGGCUCCAGCAUCCCAAAGUGACUCUGCCUGACAACGUGAAGAUCAAGCCGCUGAAGUACCGGCAGCUGUCCCUGGCCACCUCCUUCUCGAGGCGCGUGGUGGAAGACUGCGUGCAAGAGACCAUCCGCUUGUUCUCUGCGCACGUGCGCAACAAAGAGAAGGUCGCCUUUGCCUUCAGGGACGUCGGCGUUCUGACUUGCCAGGAAGACAAAGUGCACAUGAGCUUUUAUGCCCGCUGCACCCGGUGGCUGGCGGACCCCUGCAGUCUCACUUGGGGCUUCUCACACGUGUCUUUGCCUGGAGUGAGCGGGAACCGUGACUGCGUUUCUCAUGCCCAGCCUGCCCUCCUUCCCAUCAGAGAGCAGGGACUGCACACAGAGAGGCAUUUAGGCUACGCCUUCUGUCUUUUGGGGGAGAGUGCCAAAAACCAGCUCCCAAAGAGCUGUGCACGGACACAGAGGAGGGGGGAUGCAAGAAGGACUCCGGCAGCAGUGAGGAGGAUCCGUGUCCGCAAGCUGCAAAGGGGAGACAAUGCCCUUCCUUCAAAGCUGGCUUGUCUUUUGGUUUCCAGGUUUCAGCUCGCUGUGCAAGGCAGCGUGGAGGCCCAGGCUGCCCCCGCCGGCUGCCCACAGGAGAAGGAGCAGGAGCUGGAAGAAGAGCUUGGGGCCGUCAGGAGCAGCAAAGAGAGGCGUCCUGGCAAGCUCCUGCCGCACCGCGAGGAGCUUUCUCUCCCCGUGCUGCCAAAGUGGGGGGAAGGCGCGAGGCAGCAAGGCAUGGAGAGCAAGCCUGCUGCCAGGACCCUUGUGAACCAGACGGCCCCCAUCCCGGGCACCUCCCCGGGGAAGCAGGUUGGCGUGCAAUACCUCCCGCACCCUCCCGCCGGACCUCGGCGUGGCCGUGCCGGCGCCACUCCCAGGGGUGCAGCACAGGAUGCAGCCUGCCCUCCCACGCAGAGGUUUGGAAGAGCUGCCCACGUCUCCCUCUUGAAAGAGGAGCAGAGGCAGCACCAAGCAUCGUGGGAGGAACAGCAGGCCGCACUGGAGAAAGAGGCCCGGCGUCAGGCCCAGAUCACACUAGUGGAGCUGCAAUACGCCCUCGAGCAGCGUCGUCGCCCAGACACUGACAUGCCGGGGAGGCCCCCCCAACGGCAAGCGUCCGCGCAAGCAAAGCAGAACAUGCAGCUUCUGACUUCCUACAAAGUUCUUCGGGACAGGUGGAAGGAAAGGGUGGAACGAAACCAACGGAGGCUGAUGGUGGAGGAGGAGUGGCGCCGCGCUUUGGUGAUGCGCCACCUCCAGAAGAGAGAGCAGCAGGACCGUGUGCCGGGCAGUUACCACCAAGAUGGCUUUUAUGCGUGGAAAUAAAGGGCCUUUCCGA